AUGUUUGGUGCAAAUAGGCCUGCUUUUGGAGGAGCUUCGCAACCGUUUGGAUCCACGUCAUCUCCGUUUGGAUCCCAACAACAACAACAGCCCGGUUCCACUUUUGGUACCAAUAAUGCCCAAUCCGGGUUUGGUGGGUUUGGGAAUGCACAGAAUUCUACAACUAACGCCAAUCCUGGUGGAUCACUCUUUGGUAUGUCCAGUAACAACAAUAGUUCAAAUAGUCCAUUUGGAAAGACAGUGACAGGUGGAGCAAAUACGUCUGGAUCCUUAUUUGGUGGCAAUGCGUUGCCCUCUGCGGGUUCUUCAAUCACUGGAAACGCUGGAUCCGGUACUGCGAUUAAACCCUAUGUGGCUUAUCAGGAGAAGGACCCCACGACGGGUGUUAUGAACGUUUUCCAAAGUAUCUCUGCUAUGCCGGAGUAUAGAAAGUUCUCCUUGGAAGAACUGAGGAUGCAGGAUUAUCAAGCCGGGCGGAAAUUCACCGGAACUGUGUCUCCAUUUGGUGCUCAAAACACAAAUACUAACGCCGGUUUUGGUACGAUAGGUAAUACUAAUUCAACACAACCUCAGUCUGCUGGUAGUGGGGGUCUCUUUGGUCAAAGAGCUGGCACUGCUCAGAAUUCUCCGUUCGGUUCUUUGUCUUCGUCCAAUAACACUAAUAAUACCAAUAAUACCAAUAAUUCAUUUGGUAGUGGUGCGUUUGGUGCGAAUACGAAUACCAAUACGGGAUUUGGUAACACCAACAAUUCACCUUUUGGAAUGAAUAAACCUGCAGCGGGCGGUUUGUUCGGUCAACAACCAAAUCAGGGCGCUACUGGUGGUGGAUUCGGCCAGCAAAAUAGCACCUUUGGUGCGGCUAAUAACGCUUUUGGCACUACGAAUGCUACUGGGAACUCUGGUGGAUUGUUCGGUCAAAAUACGCAACAACAAGGUGGUGGUCUCUUUGGGAACCAGCAAAAUAACACAUUUGGUCAAAACAACACGCAGGGAGGUGGGUUGUUUGGACAGAAUGCUAACACAAACACUACGGGUGCGUUUGGUCAAAACACACAGCCAAGUGGUGGUUUAUUUGGAAACAAACCUGCGGGCGGUGGUCUAUUUGGUCAACAAAACAACACCUUUGGAUCAGCAAAUACAGGAGGUGGAGGUUUGUUUGGUCAAAAUAAUAACAAUCAGCAAAGUGGUGGGUUGUUCGGUCAGAACAAUACAAACCAGCAAAGUGGAGGGUUAUUUGGCCAAAAUAAUACUAAUCAGACGAGUGGUGGCUUGUUUGGCCAAAAUAAUAACCAACAGCAGCAAACUGGUGGUGGACUAUUCGGUCAAAAUAAUAAUCAACAAGGCGGGCUGCUUGGACAAAACAAUGCCACGCAAAGCACUUUCGGUCAGCCACAAAAUAAUACCAACACUGGAUUGUUUGGUAACAAGCCGGCUGGCGGUGGUCUCUUCGGCCAAACUCAAAACAACACAGGGUUUGGAGCGAAUAGAACUACCAGCGGAGGUAUGUUUGGACAAAAUAAUACUCAAAAUUCUCAGGGAAUGGGAGGUGGAUUGUUUGGACAAAAUAAUCAACAGCAACAGAGCGGUGAACUAUUCGGACAAAACAAUAGCCAACCGCAACAAGGUGGGUUAUUGGGCCAAAACAAUCAGCAACAGUCAGGCGGGUUAUUUGGUGCGAAACCUGCAGGUACUACUGGAGGUUUGUUUGGUAAUAAUCAAACUACUCAAACUGGUGGUGGAUUGUUCGGUAACAACCAACAACAGCAACAACCACAAAGUGGUGGGCUUUUCGGCCAGAAUAAUCAGCAACAGCAGCAGCCUAGUGGCUUGUUUGGUGCUAAACCCGCAACCAAUACAGGAGGUGGCCUGUUUGGUAACUCAAAUAACCAGACAUCCCUCGGCCAACCUUCUGGUGGCGGCCUUUUCGGCUCCAAACCAGCUGGCGGUGCCACUACUGGCGGUGGACUGUUUGGGAACAAUAACACUAAUACCACCACGAAUACAAUGGGGGGUGGUUUAUUCGGCAAUAACAACGCUACUAACACUGGUAACAAUACUGCUACCGGUGGUGGUUUGUUUGGUGCUAAGCCACAAGGAAACACUACUGGCGGUCUCUUCGGAAGCAACCAGGCCAACAACAACAGCACCACAACAGGUGGACUUUCUGGCGGUUUGUUCGGCUCUAAACCUGCAAACAGCACCAAUACUUUGGGCGGCGGGUUGUUCGGCAAUAACAAUUCCGCCACAUCGAACGGUACUUCUGGAGGUCUCUUUGGUAACAAAUCACAAACAGGAACUCAACAACUCGGCCUCCAAGGGGGAUUCGGACAAGCGCAGCAAACACAACAACAGCAGCAGCAACAACCAGCAACAAAUCCAUAUGGUACUAAUGAGCUAUUUUCUAGGAUUGCUGUCCCUAGUUCCAUCACUCAACCUACCAAACCUAGUGCUACUAAAGUCAAUGCCGACUUAAAAAAGAAGGCCAGUUUAAGUAGUGCUUACCGUUUGGCUCCAAAACCUUUGUUUGCAAGCAGAAGUCUGAGUGUUAGCCCAGUGAACAAAUCAGACAAGCUCUUGAUUACUGACUCUCGUGCUGCUUCAGCCGGCUCAGUUGUGGACUCUGCCAACAAAGAUUUGACGUCAUCUACUUCGAGAGCGGCCGUAUUUUCCCCAGAAACAGAUGAAGCUAUUUUAUCUGCGGAUAAGUUACUCUUCAACCCAGACAGAAAAUCUUUCAAAAACCUCAUCAUUAAUAGAAAGAAAAUGGAGGAAGAGGCCGAUUCAGCUAAUAAGCAACUUCACAGCGAACCGAGAAGAAUUACGUUUACCUCAAGCGCUGCUGAAGGUGAAAAGGGUGUAACCGGUCUGGCAAACGGAGGUGAAUCUCACCUGUUUGACCAGGUUCACGAGAGUCCUACAGUCAGUAAAGAUAUCAAAAAUAAAGCAAGGACUAACAAUAUCUCAAGCUCCUCGCCCAGCUUGCAACCACAAGAGGUUCAGCCAAAGGAAGCUAAUCAGUCUAAGCCUCGUGGUAUCAUCGGAGAUGACAUCUCAUUUACUGAUGACGGAUACUACAUCUCACCAUCUUUGGACACUUUGGCUUCCAAGACAUUACCACAAUUGCGCAAAGUAUCUGGCUUAGUGAUAGGUCACAAGGAUUAUGGUAAAAUUGAAUUCUUAGAGCCAGUGGAUCUAUCGAAUAUCCCAUUGCCAUUACUUUGCGGGAAAAUAAUAUGUUUCGAACCAAGAGCCUGUAUCGCUUAUCCUAACUCAACAAGCCCUCCUGCUGAGGGCGAAGGCAUCAACGUACGCGCAAGAAUAAGUCUAUACAAGUGCUAUCCUUCAGAUAAGGCCACUAGAGAGCCAAUCAAGGAUGCGACUCAUCAACUUGUUAAAAAGCACAUUGAAAAGAUGAAAAGACAAAAACAGGCAAAAUUCGAAAGCUAUGAUCCAGUGACUGGUUGUUGGACAUUCGUCGUACAGCAUCCAGCCCAUUAG